UUUCGAAUUACAAAAUAGUUUCAACAAUGCCUCAAGAAAUGAAUGUUUUGUGUUGUUAUUCCUGCAAAAUGUAUCAAGUACAUAUAGUGAAAAAAGCACGUAAAUGGCAGUGCAAGUUGUGCAAUGCAAAGCAAUCUGUAAAGCAGAUAUAUUUUCAAGGAUCUGGCAAAGAUUGUCGUCUUCACGUUCAGCAUUUGAAUUAUUUGAAGACAACUGACACGUCAUUUUUCUUACCUCCUGAACAAGAGAACAGUUACAAUGACGCAACAAGUGCUGCUGAAGAAUUAGAUAUUGAUCAACCUAUUGAAAAUAAACAGGCAAAAGAUCUAGACUCACCGAAGAAAGAAAGUUCAUCUUCUGAUACAGAAGAUUCCUCGUUUAAUGAUAUCCAUGAGGUUGAAGAUACGAUAACAAAUGAGAAAUCUCUAAGUAAUGCUGUAAAUAAUGAUUCAUGUACUUUCCAAGACACUCUAGAUGAUUGUUGCGAUUCAGACAAUGAUGCGUGUGAUCUAGAUAAUUUUGGAAGUAAAGAUAUUGCCAAUGAGACAGAGAACCUAUAUUCUACAGGUGUUAAUUAUAAUCCUAGUAUCGAAGAUAAAUGCACUUUGCAAGAUAGCGACAAAUCAAGCAAAGAUCAUAAUGAUGCUAUUAACAUUUUUGAAACCUACGACGAAUUAGAUGACCCUCUUAUUUAAUUUUCUUGAAUAAUUCGUAGAAUGUUCCUGUCUUUAAUAAAAGAUAACGCCGGAACUAUAUAUUUGAAUUAAAUAUAAAUGAAUUAUUUUCCUGAAAAGUA